AUGACAACCACUCUCAUCACAUUCAUUCUUGCCUACGGUGUUCAUGCAGUGCCUAUCCUCCCUCAUAACAUCAGUCUCUCGCUAGAUGUGUCUGAUGCUUGUAAUGACCUACGCAAUUGCCAAACUAUGUGGAGCAUCAUCUAUACCUGUCUCCUUACCAUUGUUGCGUGCAUUUGGACGGCAGUGCACCCAAACAUACGAAAUCCCAAUGAUCGUAGUACCCUGGUGUCUGGAUCGUCUCGCGGUUACUUGAUGAUCCUAGCACUGGUUACACCGGAAAUCCUUCUAGGGGGAGCGUUGGGGGAUUUCUUGGAGGCUCGGAGAAUAACAGGAAAAUGCGAGAUGAUCAAAGGAUGGACGAUGACGCAUUCAUUCUUUGUCAUCAUGAACGGUUUCUUUGACCCAUCCAAAGGAGCAGCAGUAGUUCCCAAAAGGAGCGAAAAUCCUUUGGAUGUCCUCGGGAAAUACCCCGGCAUAAUUGAGAAGGAGAAUGGCGCUAGGAAGGUUAUAGUAACAAAGGAGGAAAUUCUUGACAGAAGCAAAGGGGACUGGUUUGCAAAAUUCAUCGUUAUCCUUCAACUACUAUGGUUUAUCAUUCAUUACAUCGGACGAUGGGCGGGCCAUUUACACAGAUCGCAACUCGAGACAAUGACGUUGGCGUAUGCGACACUAAGUGUCAUCGAUUACAUGCUGUGGUGGCAUAAACCUACUCUCAUCCGAUUCCCGAUCCGCGUGACGAAAGAUUCCAACCGUUCUGAUCCUCCGAAUUCCAAGGACCUCGAUGCCGAUCAGCCAGCGCCCAGUCUGGAGAAUGGGGCAGUUCUGAAUCCCACUCUAGCGGAGAUCGUUGGAUAUGGUCCUAUUUGGGCUGGUGUGGCCACUGGGAUCAUCUUUGGUGGAAUCCAUUGCUUUGCAUGGUGUCUGGUAAAUUUGAAACUUAAGCCCAACUGGACAAGAUACAGUUCAUGGCUUGAACGAGGCUCGGCGGGGAUCCAAAGGAAAAAGGAUGGCAGAGUUGACCAGGAGCAUUUGCACCCCAAAGUGAAUCCAGCAUACGUGCAGCAGACACCGGGUGGCGGCCAUGCGAAACGGUCAACAUAUGCACCGCCAAUAAGUGCAAGAACACCCCAUGAACAACUUGCGACCAAGCAAUAG